UCAGAACAAGGUUCCUAUCUCUCAUCCAACGGUCAUUAACUCAUUAUUCACUCCAACCCCGCUCCUCUUCUUCUUCUUCCAAACAUGUCUCAGAAGCCAAAGCAUAUAUCUUUAGUUAUGGCUUCACUUGUAACUCUUUAUCUUUUGGCCACUUUAUUAUCUUCAGCAGAGUCCAAGACUUACUGGGGUGAUGUGGCAGCUCUCAAAGACUUGAAAAACUCAGUAGAUGCCAAAUCGAUGCGUCCAGGCUCUUGUCUAAGUACCUGGGACUUCUCCGUCGAUCCCUGCGACAGUGUCUUCAGCGACACAUUCACUUGCGGGCUCCACUGCGUAUCGGGUCGGGUCACGGAGCUUAGUUUUGACCAAGCCGGUUACUCCGGCUCCCUCUCCUCCUUCUCCUUCAACCUCCCUUAUCUCCAAACCCUCGAUCUCACCGGCAACUACUUCUCCGGUCCAAUCCCCGACUCACUCUCCAAUCUCACUCAUCUCACCCGCCUCGCCCUCUCCGCAAACUCCUUCUCAGGAUCCAUACCCGAUUCUCUCGGGUCGUUGUCGCUUCUCGAGGAGCUCCUCCUCGACAGUAACCGUCUCGACGGCUCUGUUCCGGUGAGUUUCAACGGUCUUUCCAACCUAAAACGGCUAGAGAUCCAGGUCAACAACAUCUCCGGCGAGUUCCCCGAUCUGAGCUCACUCAAAAACCUGUAUUACCUCGACGCUAGCGAUAACCGCAUCUCGGGUCGGAUCCCAUCAUCGCUACCGGAAUCUCUAGUCCAAAUCUCAAUGCGAAACAACCUCAUCCAUGGAACCAUCCCUCAAAGCUUCAAACUUUUCAACUCUCUCCAAGUGAUCGAUCUUACCCACAACAAACUCAGCGGCUCAAUCCCAUCAUUCAUCUUCACUCAUCAGUCUCUACAGCAACUAACACUAUCCUUCAAUGGCUUCACCUCUUUAGAUUCACCUUACUAUUCCCCUUUGAGUCUCCCCAGCGAGCUCAUAUCCAUCGAUCUCAGCAACAACCGGAUCCAAGGCAUGUUACCUCUGUUCUUGGGUUUAUUACCAAAGCUCUCAGCUUUGUCCUUGGAGAACAACAACUUCUUUGGUAUGAUUCCGACCCAAUACGUUUGGAAAACCGUAUCGUCCGGAUCCGAUUUCGCAGGGUUUCAGAGACUCUUAUUAGGCGGGAAUUUCUUAUUCGGUGUCGUACCGGGUCCUUUGAUGGCCCUCAAGCCUGGCUCAACGAACUUGCAGCUCGCCGGAAACUGCUUCUCGUGGUGUCCAGCGACCUUGUUCUUCUGCCAAGGGCAAGAGCAGAGAUCUCCCACGGAAUGCAGAAAGUUUAGCCGUCUUAUUCCAUGAUCUUCUUGUUUCUUGUUACAUUCUCUUUAUCUCUUGAAUAACGCAACAUAAACCAAGCUUUUGUCAAUGUGGUUACAUCAGAGGCUUGCCUUUUCUAUAACACAGUAAAGUUUCAAUUUUUUC